GCGUGUGACUGCGCGUCCGACGGCAGCUGGGAGUCCGAGAUCACCUUCUCCUCGUACCUUGAGGAUGAGUGCAACGGCGCCGCUCAUGGCGCAGUCUCGGACGAGCCGUCCACGCGAAUUCACGACUUUCCUUACUUGAACCCGACGCGUGCCGCCAGUGAGCUGGGCAGUCUCUGUGGAGCUCCAGUUCGUGUUGUGGGACGCCGUCUAGCUGACCUCAGUACUUCUUCGCCCGCGUCGAGCGGGGCACUUGGCAAUUUUGAUGCGAAAUCGUACGAUGAUAUCCUCUCACCACUGACCGCAGGGAACGGACGGCGUGACCUGCUGCCGUUGCCCUGCGUCGAUCUGACGAUCGAGGAGUUGAGCAUGAACGGCGUGGUGUUCGGCGAAUCGGAGCCAGUCGAUCCCUCCUUCGAGGACGACCUGAACGGCUGGCUGAAGCUCACUGUCCUGAGCCUGAACUUCCAGUACGCGCUGGGGGGCAAGCAUCCUGGUCUCAAGAUGGCCCCCUGGAAGGUAAGGCACGGGCCCGCCAGCGCGGUGCAGCUGAAGGCCCUGAGGUUGCUGGCCAGGAGUGUGGGCACGUUCCUAUGCCAGUACGAGGGCUCCGUGGCGAACCUCGACUGGACCCAGGAGCUGAAGUCGUCGGCAGUGAGCUACACGGGCAUGGAGGUGUACCCAGCCGAGCAGCUAGACCGCGAGCGCCUCUUGCUCGCCCUGCCGGCGAAGGAGGCUUGCGGCUCGGUAUUGGCGACCGAGGUGAGCGAAGGCUGGAUCAGGAGCGUGCUGGAGCACCCGGAGUGGGUGAUGAAGAGCCCCGCGGAGCUGGGCGAGAUGCCCAAGACCCCGCGCGUCUGGGCCGAGGAUGACGAGUGGGAGCUCAUCGCGGCCGAGCUCGUGAACAGGGGCAUCCUCGUCCCGAUCGAGGCCGACGAGAUCGUGAAGGUCAAGGGCCGUCGCGUGCUGGGCGGCCUCUUUGGUGUACGAAAGUCGGGACACGUCAAAGGCUCGGGGCCGCAGCGGCUAGUGAUGAACAUCAUCCCGAGCAACUGGUUGCAGGAGACGGUCCAGGGGGACAUGGGUCUCCUCCCGACGACAGACAAGUGGAAGAGCAUCAUCCUGAGGAGCGGCGAGGUGAUGAUGAGCUCGUCGGAGGACCUCAAGUGCUGCUUCUACGUGUACCGGUUGCCCGCGGUGUGGCACAAAUACAUGGCGCUCUCCAAGAAGGUGAGCAGGUCCUGCCUCGGUCUUGACGGGACCGGCGAGGUGCACGUGGCCGCGGCCGUGAUCCCAAUGGGCUGGGUGUCGGCGACAGGCAUCAUCCAGCACAUCCACCGGUGGCUGCUUCGUGAGUGGCUGGAGGGAGUGCCUCCGCUGCCUGAGGACCGUGAAUUGCGGCGCGACCUUCCUCUGCCUCCACAUCGUGAGAGAGGCUCGGUGGUCUCUCAGGGCGAGGCGAGGCUGCCGGUGCGAGGCGAGCUGGGCCGAUCCUACAGCGACGAGCGCCCACAGGUGUACAUCGGUCGCACAGGGCAGCGGCAUGGCUUCUCCCCAUCCAAGUGGGCGAACCCCUUCAAGGUGUCAAAGAUGAUGCCGAGGAGCGAGGCCAUCGCGAAUUACGAGAGCCACCUGCGCGACACGCCCGAUCUGCUGGCCUGCUUGCCCGAGCUCUCGGGCUGUCGCCUCCUGUGCCACUGCAGGCGAGGGCAGCGCUGCCACGGGGACGUGCUGGUCAAGAUGUGGGCGGAGACGGUGCCGAAGGCGACGAGAGGAGAUGACGCGCUCAUACCGGAGGGUGCUGGUACGGCCUGCUGGGUGGUGUGGCAGGUGUACAUCGACAACCUUGACGUGCUGGAGGUUACCGACGAGGUCUCCGCGGCGGCGCUGAAGGCACAGGGCCCCCCCGAGGUGGUGCAGCUGGCUUGCGAGAGGUACGCGCAGCGGGGGGUGCCCAGGAGCGAGGAUAAGGCAGUGUGCCGUGAGCCUGUCAGUCAAGUUUUGGGUGAGCUCAUUGACGGCACGAGGGGCGUGAUCAGCCCGCCCCUGGAGUUCGUGUACCGUCUGCUGGGCCUCACCUUCGCCACGCUGGAUCGGAAUGUGCUGACUCAGACUUGGCUGCAGGUGGUGGCGGGCCGCUGGGUGCGAGCGAUGAUGUUCAGGCGUGAGACGAUGUCCGUGUUCGACGACCUGUGGCGUGCCGUGGUGCGCUGGAGAGGCGAGCGCAGGCUGCCCGCUCCCGUUCAGAGGGAGCUGCUGCUGGCCGUGGGGCUCCUGCCGCUCAUGAGGUGCGACCUCAGGACGCCCGUGAGCGGGCUCGUGACCGUGUCCGACGCCAGCAUGCGCAAGGGGGCGCCAGGUGGGCGGCUGCAGGACGAGGGCGUGCUGCUGUCGCUCUUCGACGGGAUCGGAGGUGGAAGACGGGCCCUCGACGUGCUGGGGCUGAGCGUGGCCGUGUAUGCUGCGUCGGAGACGGACCCAGAGGCCUGCCGCGUGGUGAAGUACACGUGGCCGGACGUGGUGGAGCUGGGCGACGUCACGAAGCUGAGCGCGCAGGACAUCGCCAAGAUCCGAGACAGGGCCCCUCAUGUGCGCUGGGUCCUCCUGUUUGCUGGAGCUCCCUGCGUGGACCUCACCAGGCUGAGCGUCGACAGGCGAGGGCUGUCAGGAGCGAGGUCGGGCCUUUUCUACGAGAUCAAGCGGGUGAAGUCGCUGGUGAAGGAGGUGUUCCCCGUGGAGGUCGAGGUGUUCGACUUGAUCGAGAAUGUGUCCUCCAUGACGGCCGAGGAUCGCGACACGAUGUCAGAGCACAUGGGGCUGGCCCCGGUGAUGAUCGAUGCCGCCGACAUCUCACACGUUCGCCGAGAGAGGCUCUACUGGUGUGACACCGACCUCAUGACGCCGUGGCAGGGCGAAGUCUGUGUGAAAAGUGAGGUGGUGAAAGUGACGAUCCCUGGAGGUCCAGGCCCGCUGGGCCGCUGGCUGCGCCCUGGGCGAGAGUGGUCAGGAGCCGAGGUUCCUGAGCAGCGUCUGCCCACCUUCGUGAGGUGCAUCCCGCGCGGGCGUGCCGGCGACAAGCCAAAGGGCCUGCACCAGUGCAGCGAGGCCGAGCUGGAGCGUUGGCGGAGGCACGACUUCUGCGAUGCGCCGUACCAGUUUCGAGAUCCUCACUGUCUGCGAUGGCAAGGAGGUGCGCUGGAGCCUGCGGAUUCCUUUGAGAGAGAGAUGUUGAUGGACUUCCCACCUGGGCACACGGCGACAGCGCGGGCCACGCGGUUCCGCAAGCUGGCUGAGCUCGAGGUGGUACGUUGCGCCCUGCUGGGCAACUCGUUCCAGUGCGGCGUGGUGGCAUGGAUAGUGGCGCACUGGGCUCACCGACACGGCUACCUGGACUCGGUCCCCACGAUGGCGGAGGCGCGGGCGGUCGGAGGCGCCUUCGACGCUGCCGAGGGCCUGGCGCAGGUAGCCAAGGAGGGCGACGACAGCGGGGUGGUGAUCAGGGACCGUGGCCUUGAAGAGGCCGAGGCGCAGGCGGACCCGAGCAUCCAGAUCGUGGAGGAGCUGAUCCGGCGAGCUGAGGUGAGGGGCUUGGACGUGCGCCUCGACACGCUGGAGGUCAUGCGCCCUGACUUGUGGCCACGCCGCCCGAUCAGCGUGAGCCGCUGGACGUGGAAGACAGUGCUGGUCUGGAAGUGGAGGUGGAAGAGCCACAUCACGGCGCUGGAAGUGCUGAGCACACUGGCAGGCCUUCGCUGGCGCUUCAGAGUGGGCCAUCACCUUGGCACGAGGUUCGCUCAUCUGAUGGAUUCGCAGGUUGGACUUGGUGUGAUAUCGCGGGGGCGCUCCUCCUCGCAUCUGCUCAACGCAGCCGUCAAGAGGAUCUCAGCUCUGGUCCUGGCGGCGUCGGCAAGACCGAUCUACGGGUACACCGAGACCGACAAGAACCCAGCCGACGACCCUUCGAGGGAAGGCGGCAUGUCAGGUGACAGCAAUGCCAAGGAAGCUGCCCAUGGUAUCGACGUGGCCACUGACCUGGAGCAGCUCGACUUCCAAUUAUGUGAAUGGAUAGAGACGCUAUGGGCGCAUGGGAGGCCUGCUGGAGAUGCUGGGGCCACCUUGUCUGGCGUACAGUUUUUCUUGCGACGCAAGAGAGUCUUUCACAGUGCGUGGAACCUGCAGAAGGCUUGGCAACGGACUGAGAUGCCACAAAGAGCACCACCCAUGCCAGAAUAUGUGCUGAUGUCACUUGCCACGGUGGCUCGAUCCUGGAGUCGAAAUGACAUAGCGGUGCUGCUUGUGAUUGGCUACUCCGUAUUCUUGCGAACAAUGGAGCUUCUUACUCUCCGUAAGUGGCAGCUGCAGUUCAGCAACGACGGCCUCAGCCUUGUCAUAGCCCUGCCAGUGACCAAGGCAGGCAAGAGACGACACUGUGAGGAGUCCGUCACACUCCACGACGCCAGGAUUGUUCACUUCAUCAAAGUGCUCACUCAGCAUUUGCCGCCUGAGAGCUCGUUGCUGCAGGGCACCGUGCCCGAAUUUCGUGAUGUGUUCAAAGCUCUCUUGAGGUCAUUGAACCUCGAGCGGCACGGUUAUCAGAUAUAUUCUUUACGCCGUGGAGGUGCCACCACUCAUUACAGAAGGUUCGAGAACAUGGGCUUGACUUUGAUAGUGGGGAGAUGGCAAGACACAGCUGUGGCCAGACUGUACAUCAGUGACGGUGUGCAAACUUUGCUGCAGAACGAUUUCUUGCCUGCAGAAAUGGAACGAUUUCGUGUACUGGCGAGUGCUCUUAACUUUGAUGUGGGUUGA